AUAUCCCAGCAUCCUUAGCGCGAUGACGAGAGUAUGCAUGUUUCCGGAGCGCUCUGAGGACACACCAAGAAACGUCCCAAGGUUAGCCGACGCAUCGUUUAGACGUGUGGCUGAAGUUCACAAAGAUGUCUGAGACAGUUGAGCAGAAAAUCAAGAACUACAGGACGGCUCCCUUUGACGCCCGAUUCCCCAACACCAACCAGACCCGCAACUGCUUCCAGAACUACUUGGACUUCCACAGGUGCAACAAGGCCCUGUCUGCCAGAGACCAGGAUGUGGCUCCCUGUGAUUGGUACCAGAGGGUUUACAAGAGCCUCUGUCCCAUGAGCUGGGUCGCUAAAUGGGACGAGCAGAUAGAGAAUGGAAGUUUCCCGGGAAAAAUCUGAACUCAGCCGUCACGCAUCAGGACAGUCCACUGCAGGACAUUCUGUUACGUGCACUAUUUCCUCUGUUGUGUGCCUAAGGAUGUCUUCAAACAGCUAACACAUCAUCAUCAUCAGUGAUGUUACUGUUAUUAACUUUAAAUAUAAACACGCACAACUUUUUACCCUGCAUGUUAAGGACUGAAGUUUUUCCCGUCUCUAUUGUAAAGUACUCCUCGGCUUUGUUUAAUCAAUAAAUAUUGUGCGGAUUUAA